AUGUCUAUUAAGAUAUGGUAUGAAUGUUUUAUGUGGCUGGGUAUCAGUAUUGCACAACUACCUUCUCCAAGAGAACAUUUGCUGCAAUUUGCAUCUUCAGGGCUAAGCAAAACUCAAAAAUCAGGGGAGAUUGCUAUUUGGAUGGCAACAAUAUGGGUAAUUUGGACGUUGCGCAAUAGGACUGUCUUUAAUAACAUUAAUAUUGCUGAUCUGGAUAUGGCUCACAUUAUAGAAUUGAUUCAAGUGAAGUCAUGGCAAUGGAUUCCUGCACAGAUUUGGAGCAGAUUGGUACUCACCUAUUGGGAUAUGUUUGGGAACUAUCUUGGAAGGUUCAUCAAGUAUGGGUACAUACCAGCAUGA